AUGAAAAUAUUUCUUGAAUUACCAAAGGAGAUUUUGUUUAAGAUUGUCCAAUACAUCAAUGAUCAGAAAUUGCUUGAAGAGUUACUUUCAAUUCCAGAAUUACAACAACUAGUGUUGAGGAAAAGGUAUUAUAAAUUUCAAUUAAAAAAUACUUUGGAUCAAUUGAAUAAAAAUGAAGACGGAGUAGGAGACAUUGCUAAGUUGAUAUCAUUAUACGAAAACUAUGGAUUUAAACCUGCAAGAAUUAUAGCUGAUGUUACCAUCAUUAAUCAAUUAUUUAAUACAAGAUCUUAUGAGUUUCAAAAAACAAGCGGCUCCAAGCGAAUGAAAUUAGAUAAGGUUACUAAGGCUCAUCUAGAUCAGAAUAAUGAAACCGCCAGCUACAAGGACAUAAAUUUUGAAGUGCUUUUGCCUACAAACACUACAUUUGACGCGUUUAAAGGCAUAAUGGAAAAAAUGAAAAUAGUAGGAUUAUCUGUGCAAACUGAUAAUCUGAAUCCAUCUCGAUUUCGCGAUGAUCAGAAAGAUCUAUUCCUAGAUGCAAUCAAAAAUUUUAAAUUGGAAUCUUUAGAAACCUACUAUGUGGCUAAUUUUCAGGUUCAAUUUCCAGUAUCACUAAAAAAAUUAACUUUAAAAAAUCAUUCCACAUGUGAGAAUCUUAACUUAAGUAGUUUAAUUCAUCUUGAAAACUUUAAAAUGAAUGAUUGCACAGGUAUUAAUUCAUUGAGAGAUCUUCAGCUUUCGAAGUCUAUUAAAUUUUUGAAGUUUGAAUUAUGUGAUAUGGCAACUUUAGGUGAUUUAACAACAUAUAACAAGUUGAAUGUUAUUGAAUUUUGUGGUUGUAUUAAUUUAAUUGACUUUGUCAAAUGCUCUUUCCCAAAUUCGAUGCAGAAAAUUAUAUACAGUCAUGACACCAGUAAAGGGACAAUACCUGAUUUGAUAAGGGAGGUAAGAGCAGGAGAAAGUACACAAUUUGAUCUAGGUGACUUUACUGAAGAUGGUAUAUUCCUAGGUGUUAAUUUUAAAUUUCCUUCCAAAUUAAAAGUGUUAACCAUUAGUAACCGGAGUGAUUCAUUAACAUUGGGAUCAAACUUGAAUUUAAAAAAUCUUAAUACAUUAGUGCUAGAUUGUAUCAGAAUUGACUUGAUUGGUUUGUUAUUGGCGUUGCCAACGCAAAUGUUUGAAAUUAUUAUUACUUCUUGUCACAUUUUGAAGGUUGACACAAUUGCUUUAUUUCCAGAGCUGGAGGUAAUAAGUAUUUUAUGCAAUACCCUGGAAAACAGUUUCAAAACAAAUUUAAAUGGAAUGAAGGGAUUGAGGCAUUUGGAAAUUGCAUGCGAUAAUGAGGGCAUUAAUAAAGCUACUGCUCACCAAUUGAUGAGCCCGUAUUCAAAUACUGGCAAUUCUUCGCUUGAACUAUACGAUGAAAGCAGAAAGGAAGAGAUCUUAGUUGUUGAUUUACCGAAUGUUAAUAACAUUUCCCUUGAAAAUUUGGUCUAUGAUAGGGAUGCAAGCUAUAAUCAAAUAGAUUUAACUACUUGUGGUAAUUUGAAAUGGUUAGAAUUAACGCAUUUGACGUUUCAUCAUUUAAAUCUUGAUAAUUUCCCGGAUUCAUUAGAGGUCUUGUCGAUUUCCGAAAUGAAAAUAAAACUGAUUAAUGGGAAUUUUGGCAAAUUUAAUAAUUUAAAAACAUUAGAGUUGGUACGUACUGAAAUAACGGAUUCAAUGUUAGUUAAUAAGACAUUUCCCGCAAGUUUGGAGCAUUUAAAUUUAUCUGUCAGUGUUGAGAAUUUGUCAUGUUUAAACUUAAGGGAUUGUAUUAAACUUCGAUUAUUAUUUUUAGAUAAUGCUAAGCCCUCGAAAAUGAAAUCACCAUUAGGCGCAAUUGAAUUGAGAGACUGGUUUCUCGGAUUAGUCCGCAAUGCGGGUGAUAGACACAAUCGGGCAAUUUUAACGAAUUAUGCCCACAAAACAAUUUUUGAAAUUUUUAAUGGUGUUGAGGUUAUUCAGUUGACGAGUUAG